AUGAAGUGUGAUCAAGAUGCACGUGACAACGUGGAAUCUGUCCUGUCGAUGAUCAACGAUAAGCGCAUUGAGCGCGAACAAGACCGGAGCCAAUAUCCGACAACUCGCCCUUACUUAGUCGACCGUGAGGAAACUGACACAUCAAUUUUCGACACGUCGCGGGCCAUUGAUGGCUCUGCUGAAAUCGAAGACAUGACUAAUAUUCAUCACGCGUGA